AUGGCGGUGGAAUUGUGUGGGACCCGCUGGGGCAUUGAAGGAGACUUAAACAUCACAACAGUGAAAUGGGUCUGUGACGUGAGUGGUGUUCAAGAAAAAUCAAGCGCAAAUAUAAAGGAUUUGCUCUACACUCUAUUUUUUGUGUUCUCAAGUUUUUGGCCUUCACAGAAAAGCAUACAUAUUCAAAAGGAAGAUUGUGUUAACAAAAGCAUUGCUAGAGGCAAGAUGGGCUCGGAUGAAAUCGACUGUGGAAACUUGUUCGACCAGAUCGACGAUUUGAUCGAAUUCCCACCUGAAAGUGAGUGUGAUGAUGGUGAUUUAGUUGGUUCGGGAGAUUGCAAGGAUUUUUUCCCAUCGUGGAUAAACGAGGCCUUGCCGGAUUCUGACCCGUUUUUACCGUCAGACCUCUCUGCUGAGCUCUCUGUGCCGUAUGAGGACAUAGCCCAGCUCGAAUGGCUGUCGACUUUCAUGGAGGACUCGUUUUCGGGUCGGGGGCUGACCCUCCCGAAAAACGAGACCUCAAGCCCGGUCUCUGUGCUAGAAAGCAGUAGCAGCAGCAGCUCAUCCUCCAUCGGCAAAACCGGGCCUCCUCUCAGCCCGAACCACCGAAGCCCACAACGGGCCCGGAGCAAGCGUCCACGCAGGCCCGCUAUCCAGCUCAUCAUCUCCCCCUCGUCCUCCUCUGCCACCCACAGCCCUCAAAUAUUUUCCGAGCCCGACAAUUUUGUGGAGUCUCCAUCUGCGAAGAAGGCCCGGAUCAAACUGAUUGAGAAGAAGAAGAAGAAGAAGAUCAAGAAAAUGCAAACGGGCCCUCCUGAGGAUGGGCCGGGCCCGGCCCAGCCAAUAAGGAAAUGCCUGCACUGUGAGAUAACCAAGACACCUCAGUGGCGGGCCGGGCCGAUGGGCCCGAAGACACUUUGCAAUGCAUGUGGGGUCCGGUACAAAUCGGGCCGGUUAUUCCCAGAGUAUCGGCCAGCAGCAAGCCCGACAUUUAUUCCGGCCGUGCACUCGAAUUCGCAUAAGAAGGUACUCGAGAUGAGGGGCAAAGGCGAGGUCUAAUGCCUAAUGCCUAGCUUCUAUUGUUUUGCAUUAUUUAUAGUUAGCUUCUUCGGAUAUUUAUUUCAACGUUGUUGCUAGGCUUUAUUCCUUUGGUUCUUUUGUACAUUGGUAAUAUAAUGGUUUAUGGUCUCCAUUGUUUUUGUUGUUAGGUCCGUUGAAGUUUUAUAGCUUUUUUCAGGACAGUAUUGUUAUUUAUUGUCUCUAUUUAUGGCCGUAGAACAUGUUAUUUACCCUUUAGAGGGAAUUCUUUUUGCAGUUGGUGGUACUUUGUUCUAGAGGGUUUUGGAGUUGGUUUUGUAUU